AUGGAAAGUGAAAUCGUUUACGAAACUGGCUUCCUUGAUGAAAUACAUACAACAGACUCUGAUAGUGAUCCAUUGACCUCUUCUAUUUCUUCGCAAUCACUUCCAAGUGAAGAUGAGCUCAAAGAUAUUAUUAUUCCAGAAAGCGAUAGUGAUUCUAGUCAUAAUGACCAUGCAGAAGCUGAGUUAAUAGUGCAACCUAAUAUUGAAAAAUCUCAGCUUAACUAUAAUAGAAGACCUAUAAAUAAGUACUUACUUUUGCAUAAAAAAAAAUAAAUUUUAUUAUUUGCAUACACACUUUUCCAUUUUACUAUAAAUAAAUAUAACUAAGGGUUAGUAAUUGGGACUGCUAUUGUUAUAAUAGGAGCAAUAGCAAUCACCAGACUGCAGCUUAAAUCCUCUCAAUAA